AUGAUGAACAUCUUCCUCACAGAAGAUCUAUGGGCGAUUAUACUGUCGAGAUUACCACUAAAAACUAUCACCGCUUCAAAACUGGUUUGCAGACAAUGGAAAUCCGUCGUCGAAUCUCAGUUUCUCCGAGAGCUUUUCUUGUCUCGUCAUCAAAACUCGCAUCCUUCAUGGUCCCUCCUCAUGUUCAAGAAUUCUCUAAAAGAAGUUAAAGAAGUUGUGGCUCACUACGGAUGUGAGAUUUGGGGUCUUCAACGAUCUCUUGGUUCUUACGUCUCUUCUUUUCUUACCGACAAACUCCGCGAAGAUGAUAAACACCGACCGGUUUGGUUUGACGGAAACGUUAGUGUCGUUUACAGCGAUGUCGGAUUGAUUUUGAUCAGUUUUAGAAAGCCUUACGGGGGCUGGAACCGAACCUACUAUGUGGCUAAUCCGAUUACACGACAAUGUGUCGAACUACCUCCUCUUCCUCAUCUUCCAUUAGCUAAACCAUGCACAUACGAUGGACUCGCCACACGGAUUGAAAACGGUGUCGUUUUGAGUUACAAAGUUGUUCUGAUAGAGAGAUGGUACAGCGACACCAAUAACCUAUGUUUCCUGAUAUAUUCAUCAGAGACAGGCUUGUGGAGUUCCAACACUCUCCGUUCUCCUCUCACUUUACGCAGUGCUCUUGGUUUUGAUCCAGUUAGCUUGAACGGAAAACUUUACUGGCUCGGCCACAUCUCAGGCUUUGAAGAAGUUGUUUUCUCCUAUGAUUUCUACGCUACUGGCACGGAAUCUAGUCAAUGCAGAAUUAUACCUUUCCCCGACUUAGAAAGACAGCCGGAAUUCAGAAGAUCUUGCACAACUUCUCAAGGAUCUCUAAUGUAUAUGAACAUAUUCAGCGAACAAAAUGGUGAUGGAAGUGUGGAGCAUAAGUUGAGUGUAUGGAGGCUAAAGAGCGACGACGAAUGGCAACUAGUAUCUAAAAUAUCUCCCGCUUGUAUUAAGACACGUUCCGACUAUUCUCCGCUGAUGAUAAACCCUUUUGAUGCUGAUACAAUGUACCUGGUGAGCAAGAUGCAUAAAUGUUUGGCAUCUACUAACGUCCACAAAGGCAAGUUUGGGCUUCACAACAACUUGGAACGUAGCAGCAAUGGCCGCACCCUGAGUUUUUCUGGAGGGUUUAGCGAUUUAAGAAGACUUUCCACUUUCCUCUCCCGCUUUGGCUAUAUCGGAUUCCUUCUCCACCGUCAUUAG